GGAUGAGGUAAUCUGGCAACAGGUGUACGACGAAACGUACAAUCAACUACUACAACAGGCGUACGCUGAGGCUGCUGGCGACAUGGAACAAUCGCUGCCGUAUGAUUACAGUUUUCCGGACACAACUCCUUACAAUGCUUUUGGCAAUGGGCUGCAGCUUGAUGGGCGAGAUCGGGAAGGUAAACAUGCACACCAAGACGCCGGUAGUAGUGGGCCAACGGCGGCGGCGACGGCAGCCAUGACUGCGACGAUGGCGGCAACAGCAGUGGCGGAUCAGAAAGCCCGGUCAGCAGUGGUGAACGACGUGGCAGCAGUGGAUGAUGCCUUCGAGCAGGCUGCUAAGGAGUUGGACGCGGUUGACUGGCUGCUGUACUACAACGACGCGUUAAGCUCAGGGAGGGAGCGGAAAGCCGAAGCAAAGGACGAAAUGCAGCACAACCUGCUGGAAAGACUGUCAGCUGCUGCUGACGAGGCUGCUGCUGUGAAGGACGCGGUGGAGGUGGACGCAAUCGAUGAGUGGCUGCUGAUUUUCGGCGACAGGUUGAGUCCCCAGGAGCUGGAGAUCGCCGAGUUAGAGGACGAAAUGUGGCGGCACUAUCUGCAAACAAGGGGCUCGGACGAAGAUUACGCUGCUGUGAAAGACGUGGCAGAAGAUGCCGGGGGUGGCUGGUCGGCAGGAGCAGCUAGCGGCCUGGAGGCAGCAGAGGCAGCAGGAACGGUUGGCGUGCUUUCCGAUACAGAUUGGUUUUGGAGCGAGUAUGACUUUUACGGGUACGGCCCAUCAUGGGAUGAGGAGUGGUGGAUAGAUUACGUGGAGCGCGCUGGGUUGCGUGCCGCUGCUGAGGAACAGCAGGAAGCAGCAUGGCUGCUUGGAAGCAGCAGCAGCAGCAGCAGCAAGGUCGCCGCCGCUGGUGGCAAUGCCGCCGCAAGCACAGCAGCUGCUGUCUAUUCCAGCAGCACCGGUAGCAGCCAACAGGAGCCUGGCGAUGGUGUAGCUGUCUCUACCGCAGCAGCGUCUGCUAGCUCCCUGCCUGCUGACAACUCAGCAGCAGCAGCGGCGACGGCGAAGGAUACGACUACGGCAGCUGCAGCAUCUGCAACGGGUGCUGCUGACGCAGCAGCAAGAGUGCGGCGGCUGGAAAAGCAAAGGGUGCUGGGGCUGUGGCAGGCUAUGCACGACUACUUUGGUAAGGGUCCUCUGGACCCGGAGCUUGAGGUCAGGUACAUAGAGAUGUACUACGAGUACAAUGACCCGCAGCUGUUUUGGGACGAGCACUCGAAGCGUGUGUCGGAGGGUCGCAUUAGGGUUCGCCUUUCGACAGACGGACUAUGGAGUGCAGCGGACUAUGAUGAUGGGGGCUACAGAGAGGAAACGACCGCUGUUGGCGCCACCGAUACGACAACUGCUACUACUGCUGCCGAUGCAUCCUCCCCUGAUGGCUACUUACCUGACAACGCAGCAGCAACAACAGCAGUGGGGAAGGGUACGGCGGCUAGGGCAGCGGCAGUGUAUGAUAUGGGACCUGCGGAUGUGGCAUCAGCAGCAGAAGAGUGGCGGCAGGAACAGGAGCGGGUGCUGGAGUUGUGGCGGGCUAUGCACGACAUGUUUGGUGAAGGCCCACUCACCCCCCAGCUUGAGGCCGAGACCAUAGAUAUGUAUUACAAUGACCCGCAGCUGUUUCAGAUGGCUCAUGCGGCGCUAGCAGCGGAGCGGCGCAGAAGGGAGGGCGCCUUUUCGGCAGGCGGUGUGGAAGCCGCCCUGGUGGAGUCCCGUGAUGAUGACCUGGACAAUGCUGCUGGCAGCAGCGCGGGUGUUGGCGCUGCGCCGCAUGGCCGCAUGCCAUCUCUCCUGAUGUCCAGCGUGGCAUGCAUCCUAGUUCCCCUAGCCUGC